UUGAUUUACAAAUGACUCUUUUGCAUCAAUCAAUUGGUUUUAUAUUUCAUUCCAAGCUGAAGAGUCGAAAUUUCGCGGAAACAUGUUGGAUAUCGGCAAGCGAUUGAUUUUAGCGCUUUUUAUUUUGCCACUACUGUAUGAGCUCAAUAACUGUGAGCGCAAACUUGGCAUUGGUAUGUAUUACAUGAAUUACACUGCCGGUCCAAAGUAUAACUUCAGUGUAUUCAAUUACAAAUUCUACAAUGUGGACAAUAAAAUUGUAAUUUAUGUUGAAUUUAAACUAUAUGAAGAUACUCAUUUCACUGCAGAUAUCAAACUUGAUAUGCUACGUGCUAAUGAUAAAAAAAUGAAUUUGCUAAAUACACACCAAGAUGGCUGUAAUCUAUUCAGCGGUGUGCAUAAUAGUAGAUUAUUAAAAAUUAUAUCAGAUCAGAUUGUUCAUGUUACCAACUUACCGCUGAAGUGUCCUCUUUUAGCAAAUAAACUAUAUAUCGUCAAUAACUACACUUUGACGGCAGAUCCACUUCCUUCAUUCAUUCAGCCACUACACUGGGUUAUACAAACAAAAUUUAAGCUUAACAAGAAAUAUGUUGGGUAUAUGCUUCUUCAAGGUAAUAUUUACAAACUUAAAGAGGUUUCGCCAAAAUUAAAGUCCUGAACUUGUUAACGUGUUUGAAAGUUAUCACUUUGAAAAACUGUAUAAUUUCUAAGAAUUAUCUAUAUUUUCAUCUCUUUAACUAAAUAUACCAAUUCCAGCAAACCUAACCGGCUAUAAUUAAAGUGUUUAAACGCCACGCAUGCCCGAAACAGUCAAGUACUGCGGUUGAAGUAAUUUUCGUAUAAAAAUACCGACCUCUUUUGGAAAGGUUUUGAUAUUUUAACCAAAAUGACGCAAUGAUAAAAGUGUGCGCUUCUUUAGUAACCAAGCUAGAUUUCUCUAAACUAGGUAAACUCAAUAUAAAGUCUACCCUGGAAACAUGUUUUCAUUGAAUUCAAAGCGUAACUCAGACAAUUAAUUUUCCAAAGCAUGGUGCCUUUUGACAUUAAAAUUGCAAGAUCGGAUGCGACGAAACUAAAUUUGAAUAUGAUUGGCUGUUACAUUGUCAGCACCAUAAACGCUAUUCACAUUUUCCGUUACCUGGUUUCCGUUUUUGUCUUUACCGAAGUCAACUCAAAAAAGAAUAUGACGUAUUUUCU